AUGCCUAUGAAAACUUGCAAAGAGUUUGAUAGGUUUAUCUCUAAAUUCUGGUGGGGGAAGGGCUUGGAAGAAGAUGGGAUCCACUGGAAAGCAUGGAACAUCAUGACGUUGCAGAAGAAGAAAGGUGGCUUAGGAUUCAGAGACUUUGCACAUUUUAAUCUAGCCAUGUUAGCAAAGACUGCGUGGAGAUUAAUUCAGAAUCCUGAGGCUUUAUGGGCUAAAAUGCUGAAGGGUCUCUACUUUCUUCAUUCUGAUUUUCUAAAUGCUAGCAAGGGGGGGAGAGCCUCAUGGGGUUGGUCUAGCAUUUUAGAAGGAAGAGAGUUUCUGAAAUAG